UAAACCGUUCAAUGCACCAGGAAUAUUUUAAGAACUUGGGUAUUUUUGGCUGUGCUGCUUCGAGAGUUCUCACUUAACGUUAAAGCUAGCUCAUGUUUCGUGCCGUCAGCUGACUAACUGUAUUUGUAUCUCCCCGAGUUUCCUCUACUGUCAGGAAGGUAUAAUCUGAUUUAUUUAAUACGCGUAGUAGGAUUGAGUGUAAAGGGUAGUUACUAUACUCAAUUAGUGUAAUUUACUUUAGGUGUUUUCAGGAUAUCAAGUAUUGAUUCAAUAUUAUACAGAAUAGUAGAAUUUAUUGUGAUCGUAGAAGUAUAUUGGACGGAUUUCAAACCUCUUUAGAAAGCGGUAUUAAAAUAUCAGUGCUGGAUCUGCAUUACAUUUACAACUUCAGAGUAUAACAUUCGCUUGAUAACCUUGAGAGAAUACGUCGCCUUAAAAUACACUAGUAGCUGUUUUUCCAUAAGUAUGUGUUUUUGUUUUACUCUAUCCAGUUACUCAAUGCCACUUAAAGAUUAUGCUCAAAAGUGAUGAACAAAAAUUGUGAAAAACAUUGUGGUAACUUCCAGAGAAGUUAAAUUAUCAUUAAAAGGUGUGUCAUUUGGAUUAUAUUAAGCGCCCACUGUGUUUCAAGCAUCUACAUGUUUCCGUGUAGUAAUGUUAUGGCAAGUGUAGCUUACAACUUCAUGAACGUGGAUUCAAACGCUCACAGUAAACGCUACAGUGAUAAUGAGGAUAAUAAAAGAGUGUCGUGUACAGUCGACAUGGAAUCGGAUACGACAUCGUUAAGGCGAGCAAAGAAAAGAGGGAGAAAAAAGUCAACAAAUACGGCAGAUGGACAUAAAAAUAAGGUGCGAGUACAGGUUUGGGUACAGUUUUUUAAAGUUGGUGAAAUAGACACAUUAAAAGAACAGUAUACGGCAGAUGUCAUUGUUCGGGCAAAAUGGCGAGAGCCAUUAUUAGAUGGCGAAACUCAGCAAUCGGGUGUGGAAAUAGCAGAUUUUAGUAAAUACUGGAAUCCUAAAUUAAGUAUAGAGAAUACAAUUGGUGAUCCUAAAGAAGUAGUGCGGUAUCGGGUUGUGUUUAAUAACAGAGGUGAUGCCUUCGUUUCUGAAAAAAGAACAAUUAAAGGAACAUUUAUGGAAAACCUGGAACUCAACGAUUUCCCCUUUGAUGUUCAGGAUUUAACGGUUACUGUUGCAUCAGAACUUCCAUCUUAUGAAGUUGAUUUAAUAGAGGAUCACGAUAAUCGUCAUAUUGUAAAUCGUCUUAGUUUUGUCGAUGAACAAGAAUGGCAUUUGUAUGUACACACGGAGUGUGAGAAAAAAGACUUAAUAAUUGACCAGAUGGAGAUGGCAAUAAAAAGAUCGGCUCUCUCCGUCAAAUGUCGGGCAGCUAGACGACCGGGUUAUUUUGUAUGGAAUAUAUUUAUGGUUACAUUUUUGAUCUGUAGUUUAUCCUUCGCUACAUUCUCAGUUAAAAAAGAUCUUCCCCAAAAUCGACUACAACUUUCAUUUACACUCGUCCUUACAGCUGUAGCCUUUAAAUCAGUUGUUAAUCAAAGUUUACCACGGAUAUCAUAUCUCACUUAUAUGGAUAAAUAUCUAUUAGCGUCCAUGGUUAUGUUAUCUACUGUAUGUGCGUGGCAUGGCAUAGUAACUUUAUUACCAAACAAAGAAAGGGCUGAUUUUAUAGAAAAUGUAGUAUUAGGCUGUUUAACUAUUGUGUAUGUCUUCUUUAAUGUCGGAUUUGUUAUACUCAUUUAUGUGUUUCCAUUCAGAAAAAGGCGAACCAUGCAACAAAAAGAUCGAGAAUAUAAGUUACGACACAAACACAAAAAAGGUGUAGAAACCUAUUGUGGACAAUAUUGUUAAUAAUUGUCACAAGGGAGCAUAGUGAAUUAAAAAGAGCUCGCGUAAUAAAAAGAUGAAACCACAACCUUCUGGAGAUAUGUAACAUCUUAUACUACUUCCUUUCUACAUUGGCAAAAAUGGCAUCGGUGUUACCAUGAGGCCGAUUGGCCAAAAAGGAAGUCGGGAAUUGGUCGGAAGCAUAGAUUAUUUCAGAUGUGGACGAACGUCGACAGAGGACAUGGUCGUGAAUUAGAAUGAAAGACACCCAUGCGUUGAAAAUGAAAGUAUCUGAAAUCUCAACAACCGAGCUAGCCGAGCCCGCCACGAAGAAACAGUGCCCGAGUGCCAACCGAUCAUGGUGCACCCCACAAGAAUCAAAUCUGUCUAUCUUAUUGAUUUGUUUUAUGACAUAACCCUCAAGUGACUGAAAUCAGCCAACAACACCAACUGUGCUGUAUUUGUACAACCCCAAUUUACACACCUAAUGGCCUAAACGAUAUACCAUCCCUCAUUUCCAGCUAUUCUAUCAGAAAUACACUAUCAUUAAUCCCGGACCAUGAUGUUAAGAACAAAUAUUCAGGAAAAUGUUCUCAUUGUAGUCGAGCUACAUAAAUAACAUCGUUAGUUCUGCUCUUUGGUGUUGUCUUUAUAUGGUAUUGAAACAAAUGUUCUGUUUUGUAAAUUUCAUUUAAAUUAAAUGGAUCCGAAAAUUAAAAUAAUUUCUAUAUCCGUCACAACAUCUCAACUAGGAUGCGUAUGUGAUGUUGUAUAAUUUUCACAACACUGGCUACCUUCUUUGGUCAAAUAUAUGUAAAUGAAGGGGAGAAUCCUCAUUUAUUGGAGCAGAAUAGAGCCAUUUAGUGAAAUCAUGUAUAUGUAUGUUCGUGUUAUAUAAUUGUUACAUAAUCUUUGUAUUUAUUGAAAUAAUCUUUAUGACAAAAAUGAUAUUUCUUUGCUGAGGUCUAUCUUUAAAGGAACUUUAUCAUAGUUUUGUAUUCCAAACAACUGUUUAAUGUUUACCAGCUCUAAGUUAGAGAUGGAAUAUUUAAAAACAUUUGAAGCAAUAAAUAUGCAACAGUAUUCCGUCUGCAGGUAAAAGCUCAUAAUAUAAUCGUAUGUUAAAAUACAAGUUCUUGUAUUGAAUAGUUUGUUAUAUUAAGAAAUAUACUUGUGUUUAAGGAUGUUGAUAAAAUAUACUUUUAAGCAGUUAAAACUGCUUAACACAUUUAUAAUUAGAAAAGGGUGAUGCAGGCGAACCAUGUUGUGAAACAAUGAGGUAAUAUUAAACAGUCCUCAUUUUGAACGAAAUUGUUGAAUCUUUAUCUUUAUGUGAAAAAUUGUUCUCCUUUUCUUACAAAUUUACUUAUGAAUUCUUCUGUAUUCAGAAUGUAUCCACAGAAUAAUGCAAACGAAAACCAUCUUGGUGACGUUUCGUCACUAAAUUAUUACAAAUAGGUGAAUAGUUAGACUUUAUUUAUCCUGAUAACUUGGAGAUUAGAGUGCCGUCUAUAAUUUGACUAACAUCAUUGACUCCCAAGUUUACCAUAGUAGAUUUUCAUUUCUACCCAUCACCAGGUUAUACAUCCUCGGUAUUCUACUCCACCAAUCCCUGGGUCCAUUCACGGGUGAGAUACGUAGUCAAAUUAUCCGCCCUUGAUAACUGUGCUAUUUUUAUCGGCCAAUCCAAAAUAGAAAGUGAGUAGGCGAAGGGAAGUAACUCGCAUUUUGUUGAAACUAAGAUCGCCGACAUUUUUUGUGUGCAUGUCACUUCUUUGACAUUAAACUUCUUGCAUACGUUCUCAUAAUCCAACGCAUAUUCUGCUGUAUUGUGGUGAACAUAAACUAUGAUGCUAAGACUGGUAUGUUCUCUGGGGGGUUUUAUUGGUUCGUAGAAACAACCUACGUGGCCAAUGAAAUCAUCAAAGGCAGAUAAUUUGAUUUUCGUGAAUAAACCCAGUUGUUAGUGGAGUAGAACGGAACAAUGCAACGGGGGUUACCGACUGUGCAGUUUAUGGGGUAUGUUUCUCAGCUUAACGGGCAUGACAAAUCAUGCUCGUUUUAUAAGGACUGCUUGGCUCUUGACAAAUGUCGAAAUUGUUCAAAUAGGUAUAUUCAUUUACCAACUCGAAUUCAAUGUCUGUUUGCAUUUUAAUAAUGUUAUGGUUGUAUCCGCUAUCGUUACAAUCUUUUGAUUAUGGCAUUUUUAUGUGGCAGAUCGAUUUUGUCGAAUUCAUCAAUAACAUCAGCAUAAGGAAUGUGAAUAUAUCAGAAUAAGCUGAUUGUAUAUUGAUGAGUGGUACUUUUCAGUAUCGGAACAGCUUCCAAACAAUGUCAGCCAUUAUACCCAAGGUAAUAAUGUUGUGUUUUGGUUUAAAGGAGCUAAAUCGCUAAUAUUUCGGACCUAGAAAUUGACACAAAUGGGUCGCAAUGCAUAUGAUAAUGUACAUAAACUGAUUUACAUUCAAUCCUUUCUGUCUAUACUGUAAUUUCUAAUCAGGUAUGUUCGGCGAAAUACGACAGAAGUCUCAAUUGAAUGUCAAUUUCUAGCGUCUGGUUAUUCCAGUCUACACCGAUAGUAUUUAUAGUGCAUGCUCUCCAGAUAAGAAUAUGGCGUCACCGUUUGACAUGACUUGUGGAAUAUGUCUAGUCUCGUUCUUUAAGUCCCUUGUUACUAAUGGCGCUGAAACGCAUUAUGGUACACGAUUCGUGUACCAAUGGUAAAAUGUUUAAUUUGUCAUAAAAUAGUGGAUAUCAGAAGACUAUCUUUUCCCGGUAAGAUCACAACAUCAAUGUAGAUUUUGAUUCACAAAUAAUUCGUGUUUCCAAUGUCAAAGACUUUGGAUGAUAUUGAGUUAGAGACUUGGGUACUUUAACAUAACAGCUUUAAGUACUUCAAAGGGAUACUAUAAAAUUUAUUUUAAAGUAAUAAUCAUUCUAUAACGAAACCAUUUUAUCAAUAAUUGUUAAAUUAAGAAAUGUUCAUGUGUAUAUAUAGUUAAAAGUAUAUUAGAUGUAGACACAGUGUAUAUCGGUCUAUAUUAUAAUACAUGUAUCGUCUUUUAUUCUACCAGUGUUUCUAUAGAACAACUGCUCAAAAUAUUAAUACACGUAUGUCUUUUGUCCAUGUUUUUUUUCUUAUAAUUCAAAAUAUUAUGAUUAAAAUCAUCCA